GUCAAAGCAUCAAUCGUCUGACUGAAGUGUGACCGAAAUAUUUCCCGGGAUGUAUCUGUUUUUGGGGAGGAAAAGAGUCGAGAAAAUGAUUACUCUCUUCUUUCCCAUUCACUCUACCAUCUGAGAUUUGCUGUACUCUUCCCCAGUCUUCCAAGAUUCAGUCUCAGUCAGCAUCUUGGUCAAGAAUGAGCUAUUGCUAGACUCCCGCUCUCUUGCCCAGUACAAAAAAAAAUAAAUUAAAGUGAUCCCUCUUCCCAGUUGCCUCAUUUGAAGAAAAAAAAAAUAGUGCCUUGUGCUGAUUGAUACGGAAUAUCUUGGACGUGAUAUUUUUUUCCGGAGAGAGACAGAGAUUAUGUGGCGCCAAGUGAUCAUUUCAGUUAUCAUCUUCACAAUCUGUGUUCUGGCGUUCAGCGGCCUCGAGGCGUGUGAAUUGAAUCAGAAUCAGACGCAGUACGGAUGUCGAAUUGAUAAUCGUCAGUGCACUUGUGCCUACGGAUGCCGCUCAGAAUUCCGCUAUUUGACCCGGAAGGAAUGCCAGGAUGCUCUCAAGGGUCGUGCAGGUGAUAUUUGCAGUGGAAAUCCCUGCCUCAAUGGCGGAGCAUGUAUCCAAGUAUCAACAAUGCCAGGGUACAAGUGUCGCUGCGAAGGCACCGGAUUCUGGGGCAAUCGAUGUCAACUGCCCUGUCCCCUGACCCGAAACACCAAUUACCCCUACGAGUGUAUCGUGAUCUAAAACCAUCAGCUCGAGAAGUUCAGCGACAAUUUCUCUAAUCACUUCACUUCUGGGAGUCUCUGCCCUCUACUAAUUCCUCUCGAUAGCUCUGUCUCUGCCCCUCUUUUGUGUCUUCUUUUUUUUUACUUACCAUGUUCCCAUUUAUUUAUGAAAACAAAAAUAUUGAAGAAUAAAGUAAUUGAAACUGUA